AAAGAACGAAUAAUCAUUCUUGGAUUUCCUUUUGCUAUUCAUGCAGACACUGUCUUAAAUAAUAUGACUUCCAUUUCCAAAAUAAAUAUGAAAAACUUCGUUGAUAUUGAGAAAGUGGACUAUUUACCUCUGGAAAUGAGGAAUAAAAUGGAAAGUUUUCGUGAAAAAUAUGCAACAAAGGUUAGUUUUACUUGAGUUGAAAAUAAUAAUACUUUUUACCUACACUAAUUUUAAAUUAAGAAUUAUUAAUAGAUACUUAAUAUUAAUAUAAAUUUAAUAAUCAAUAGGAAUUUGAGUGUAUAUACUGUGAUGAAAAAUUCAAUUCAAAAACUGAAUGGAAAAAUCAUGAAAAAACUAGAUCUCACUUAUUGAAAACAAUUGAAAAAAAUCAAGAAAAUGACAACAAUAAUGAUCCAAAAUUUAUUUGUAUCCCCGGAAAAUCUGCUUUUAAAAAUAGAAUUUCUACAUUAAUUUUUGUUAAUCAAGAACCUGAGUUCACCAUACAACAUUUUUUUGAUAAAAUUAAUCCUUCUCUAAGUCAAUCUUUGGCAGUAUUUUUAAAAAAUGAUUCCUCAAUCAAAUGUAAUUUCAAUCUGUUUUGUUGGUAUGCCAAAGCUACUGAUGAGAGACAAUUAUUCAAUUUAAACACCUCCAACAUUACAUUUUACAUAAAUGAAGAUAUUCUUAAAAAAAUUCAAACAGAGUUGGUUUCACAGAUAGAUAUUCAAAAUGAUGAGCUUAAUAGGGGUGGAUCUGGUUGGAUUUUUGAAUCAGUCUCUGAAUUAGAGGUUCGUAUCAAUAAAAAUGAUCUUAUGAAUAAAGGUGGCAAGUUUAUUGAUUUACCCAAAUCAUUAAAAGAUAAAAAGGCUGUUAUAAAUGUUCAAAAUAAAGAUGAGAAAUGUUUUUACUAUUGCAUUUUAUCCAAAUUUAAGGCAUAUAGACCACAUAUAGCAGAACUGUAUCAUGAUUUUGAGAAAAAAUUAGCCAAGCGUAAUAUCAAAUUUGAUUUUAGUUGUAUAAACUAUCCAACUACAAUAAAGGAUAUUCAAAAUUUUGAGAAACAUAAUAAUCAUGUAUCAGUCAACGUUUUUAUCUAUGAAACCAAAAAAAUUUCUCCAAUAAAGGUGUGUGAUAUGGAAAAAAAAUUUCAUUAUGACCUAUUAAUGCUGAAAAGUAAAGGUGGCAAUUAUCAUUACACAUACAUCAAAAAUUUUAGUAGGCUAGUUUCUUCUCAGUUACAUAAAAGAAAAACAGCAAUAGAAAUAUGCAAACGUUGUUUAGUAUUCUUUGCUGGUCAUAAUCGAUUUGAAAAAAUAACAGAGCAUAAAAAAUACUGUAACCCUCGUUCAGUAGAGCCAUCUUGGUUUGUUAUGCCUAGUGGAAACAGGACACAUUUAUAUUAUAAAAAUUAUAAAUAUGAGACACCAGUAACUUUUUGUGCCUUUGCUGACUUUGAAACCAUGCUUCUUCCAGUAAAAGAAAAUACAUCAAGUAAAAUAUCAAAAUUGAGAAAAUAUCAAAAACAUGAACCUAUAGCAUUUAGUUUUUAUGUUGUUCAUUCAGAAAAGGGAAAAAUUAGAGAUCCAGUUUGCUAUGUGGGAAAAAAUGCAUCAAGUAUAUUUUUUGAUAUGAUAAAAGAGGUUGGUUUAUAUGUUGAAAGAAAGUACAAGAAAUAUAAAAAUGUAAACAAUUGCACAGGUUUUACAAUAGAAGAAUUUGAGAAAUUUCAUACCAUUACAAAAUGUGUCAUUUGUAAAGAAGACUUUUUACCAGGUCAAAAAAGAGCCAGAGAACAUUGUCAUUUAACAGGGAAAUACAUAGGACCCUCACAUGCUACUCCUUGCAACAUAAAUAGAACUACCCCUGACUUUCUUCCUGUAUAUUUUCAUAAUCUAUCGAAAUAUGAUAGUCAUUUAAUUCUUCAUGGUUAUAAGAGAGGUGCAUCUGAUAUAAAAGUAAUUCCUACCACAGAAGAAACCUAUAUUACAUUUUCAAAAAAAAUUAGUGAUAAUUUUUGGAUUCGUUUUGUGGAUUCUUAUAGAUUCUUAUCUUCAAGUUUACAUAAACUAAUAGAGUCAUUACCAACUUCACAACUAAUCCAUACACAAAAAUAUUUUUCUGAACCCCAUCUUUUUGAUCUUAUAACACAAAAAGGAUUUUUUUGUUAUGAUUUUUUAAAUGAUAUAAAAAAAUUACAACACAGAGAAAUACCAACAAAACAAGAUUUCUAUAAUGAAUUGAAUAACCAACACAUUACUGAUGAAGAUUAUGAAUUUGUUCAAAAUGUUUGGGAAAAAUUUAAAUGUAGAAAUUUAGAGGACUAUUUGGUAAUUUAUGUAAUAUCCGAUUGUUUACUUUUGGCCGAUGUAUUUCUAUCUUUUCGAAAAUUAUGUCUAGAAAAUUAUGAUUUGGAUCCAUGUUAUUUUUAUUCACUUCCGGGUUAUGCUUUUGAAACCAUGUUAAAAACCACCAAAGUCAAAUUUGAUUUGAUUGUAGACAUUAAUCAGUACCUAUUUCUUGAAAAAGCUCUUCGAGGGGGAUUAAAUAAUACAGUUUGUAGAUAUUCAGAAGCUAAUAAUAAAUAUGUCCCCGAUCAUUAUGACCCAGAAAAUAAAAAAUUGAAUACAAUUGUGUACUGGGAUGUAAAUGGGUUGUACAGUCACAUAAUGAGAGACUGCAAGCUUCCAGUAUCUAAAUUUGAAUGGAUAGAUGAUAGUGAAAUUCAAAAAUUCACCACAGAUUUCAUACUAGAACUAGAUGACACUAGUGACACUGGAUUUUUUUUAGAAGUAGAUCUGAAAUAUCCAAUAGAACUACAUGAUUUUCACAAUGCAUUUCCAUUUGCACCAGAAAAAAAGACUACUCCAAAUUCAAAAAUUUCUAAAUUGUUAUGCACUUUGGAAGAUAAAAAAAAUUAUGUAAUUCAUUAUCGUAAUUUGAAGUUAUGUCUCAAACAUGGAUUAAUACUAGAAAAAGUUUACAAAAUUCUAAAAUUCACCCAGGAAAAUUUUUGUAAGCCAUACAUUGACAUUAAUACAAAUUUACGUAAAAAUGCAAAAAAUGCUUUCCAAAAAGCUUUCUUCAAAUUACUUUGCAACUCUGUAUUUGGAAAAACUAUAGAAAAUCAACGUAAAUACAUGAAUUUCAGAUUAAUUUGUAAUGAAAAAAAAUUGAAUACUGCAAUUAAAAAGCCCUCAUUCAAAAGUUCAGUAAUUUUCUCAGAAAAUCUUGUAGGUGUUCAUUCAUUCAAGUCUAAGGUUAUUUUAAACAAGCCCAUUUAUGUUGGUAUAAGUAUUUUGGAACUAUCUCGAAAUUUUAUGUAUCAAUUUUAUUAUGAAAAUUUACCUGAAAUUUUUAAAGGUCUUCCAUUCCCACAAUUAUUAUACAUGGAUACUGAUAGUUUCAUAUUAUCAGUACAGACAGACAAUGUUUAUCCAUACAUUGAAAAAACUUGUGAACAAUAUUUUGAUACUAGCAAUUACCCUAUUAAUCAUCCAUGUUACACAAAUUUGAAUAACACAGUCCCUGGAUAUUUUAAAGAUGAACUUUAUCCUGAUCAAUGUAAACGAUUCAUCUCCCUAUGUCCAAAAGUUUACAGUUUAGAUUUAUUAAAUAAAGAAGACAAUAUUAAAAAAAUAAAGGGAGUAAAAACAGACAUAGUGAAAAAAAUGAGUUUCGAAGAUUUUUACCAAUGUUUAUUUGAAAACAUCACAUGUAGAAAAGAUCAACUACUUUUCAAAUCUAUCAAUCACGAAAUUUUUACUAUUGUACAACAAAAACGAGCUCUUUUUAAUUAUUGUGAUAAGCGUUACUUUUAUAAUAAUAUUGAUAGUUUAGCCUAUGGACACUAUAAAAUGUUAGAAUAUAUUAAUGAUGAAACAUCCAUUUAAUUAAGUAGGUAUCUAUGUUUUAAAAUUAAGUAUAAAACAUAAGCUUGUGUAGGUAAAAAUAUUUUAUGCAAACAUUGUACAUACGAGUAAUAUUGAAUAAAAUAUAUCUUAAGUGCAAAACAAACUUCUUGUGUAUUUAUUUGUUUCAUUAUUUGAUCCAACAAGGCAUCUUCUCGAUAUCUCAAUUUGAAGAUGAAAAAAUUGAUUAAUUAGUUGAUAAAAUUUAAAACACAGUACACACCUUGAAACUGUCGAGUAUGCAAUUUAUUCAACAUGCACGUCUUGGUAAUAGACUGUUUGUAGGCACUAAAAAUAUGUACAAAAACGAAAAAAUAUGUACAGAAAUGUGGGAUUAAUUCAAAACCACCCCAGAA